AUAUACCAUGUAUACUGCAUUUAAAGUAAAGUUAAACUAGUUUAGGUUAUGUAGGUCAGUGCUGUCCUGUGAUCUGGAGUUAUAUGAGGUCACCGGUAUGAUUAUUAUCUGAGAUAAAUAGGGAAAGUGGGGAGGAGCUGGUUAAAGGCAUUGUUAAAGAUCCUACAGUAUUCACUCCGCUUAUUAAACAGUAGCUACACACGUAAAGUCUGUAGGAAAAGGUUAUUUUACACUUAUCUGUGUGUUUAGUGAGGGAAAUCUCAGUAAAAACAGCUGUAUCUUUAUCUGAAUCUGUGUUUUUGGUUAACAUGGGGACUCUUCCUGAUUUAACGGAGCUGAGAACAAAGCUGGAGAGCACAAUCCUGUCUUACCACAGUCUGGAAGAGAAGGACUGGACCCUAGCAAAGAAACUGGAUACUGUCACAGCUUGGAAGAGACCUUCAACAGAGUUUAACGGCUACCUGGUCAAAGUUCAGGGGGUUGUUAUGGACACGCCACAGAGGAUCAUAGAUCAUAUCCGACCAGGGCCAUGCAGGAAAGAAUGGGAUAAAAUGAUGACUUCACUGGAAAUUGUUGAGACAGUGGACAAGGACAGUUGUGUGGUGCGAUACACAACUGCAGGACUCCUGCUGAACAUGAUCUCUCCCAGGGAGUUUGUGGAUUUCGGUUUUGUCAGGGAAUAUGAGAAUGGCCUUCUUUUUUGUGGUAAGAGUAUACCCUAUGAGCCGAGUACUUCAGGUUGUGUUCGGGCCUUUAAUCACCCCUGUGCCUGGCUCUGUGUUCCUGUGGAUGAAUCCCAGAGUCUCCUCAUCGGUUACCUUCAGACUGACCUCGGGGGACUCGUUCCUCAGUUCGCUGUGGAGAGCGCCAUGGCCAACACGAUGGGCUCCUUCUACACUGAGCUCGGCAAAGUGCUAAAAAAAUGAAGUACACAACUUAGAGCAGUAAGGGUCAGGAUUAAGAUAGCACCUGAGUAGGGGUGGGCAAUUUUAUAUCGUAUACAAUAUAUCGUGACACAGAAAUAUCAUGAUAUUAAAAAUCAAUAUUGUGAUAAUAGGGCUGUUCUGUCUUAAAAGUAGUCUAUUAUUUACUGUGAAGCUUUAGGUUUAUUUAGUGUAUAAUUGUUUUAGUUUGCAUUGUUUUAUUUUAUGCAUGCACUAAAUAUUCUGCAAUAUAUUUUGCUGCUUUAUAUUAUUUUAUGCUAUAUUAUUUAUUUUGCCACAUUAUGAUUAUACUGUUAUACUAUUAUACUAUAUUCCUAAAAUUAAUUAAUUAUUUUACUGUUUUCCUAUAUUGCCAAGUAUAUCGUUAUCGCAAAAAUACCCUGAAAUAUCGUGAUAUUAUUUUAGAGCCAUAUCGCCCACCCCUACACCUGAGUUACAUGCUGCAUAAGUAUAUACUAGUUCAUCUUAAAAAAAUAGAAUAUCAUUAAAAAAGUUACUUUAUUUCAUUAAUUUAGUUUUAAACCUGAAACUUAGAUAUAUUAUAUAGAUGUAUUACACACACAGUGAUCUAUUUUAGGUGUUUAUUUCUUUUAUUGUUGAUGAUUAUUACAGCCAAUGAAAACCCAUAAAUCAGUGUCUCAGAAAAUUUAAAUAUUACCAAUAUAAGACCAAUUGGUACAUUUGGCAGUGUGGUCAGUGUGCCAAGUCCUGCUGGAAAAUGAAAUCUUUCACUUUUGUGUUUUUUAUUUAGUGAGGUUGCUAGAUUUAGUUGCUCCAAUUGCAAUUAAUUAAAUUCCACUCCCUUUGAUUCCAGUUCAAGUUCAGUUCAACAUCAUGUAGGGUGGAUUUAAUUCAAUUCAAAUUCAUUCACUGAAUUAAAUUAAAUAAAUAUUAAAAUUGAAUUAAAUUCAGAAUUUUGCACAACUCCAGUGUGUAAAUCCUUCCCAGCAGCAAAGUGACACAGCUCCUGUUAGAUGCAGUGAAGCUGCAGUUCUGCUAGAUGGCAGUAAAGCAUCAUGUUUUUAAUGUUGUAGAUUACACUAUUUGUGUAUCAUCUAUUUUAAAUUGAUCCAUAUUCAUUAACAUAUUAAAUUCAAUUUAUGUUAAAUAAUAAAUAAAAUAUCAUAAUUUAGUUAGAUUGUCAGAUUUAUUUGUUCUAAUGGGCAAUGCUAUGAUACUGCCUUAUUACAGAGUUAAGUUGUUUCUAUUAAUUAUAAUUAAAUUGUCUUUUUUUAAUAUAAAUAGCAGGUAAAUGAAUAGUUAAAAUGCUAGACUUGUUAGAUAUAUCUUUAAAAAAUAUUUGUUGUGUUACUUUACUCUUUAAAGGAACUAUCCAAAAGCAGUGUGUAAGACUGGUGGAGGAGAACAUGAUGCCAAGAUGCAUAAAAACUGUGAUUAAAAACCAGGGUUAUUCCCCAAAUAUUGAUUAUUUCUGAACUCUUACAACUUUAUGAAUACGAACUUGUUUUCUUUGCAUUAUUUGAUGUCUGAAAGCUCUGCGUCUUUUUUAUUAUUUCAACCAUUUCUAAUUUUCUUCUAAAUAAACAGCAAUGUUCAUUUUA